AUGUCUAAUCAACAAAAUGGUAGCUUGCCUGAUUUUAUACUACCUGAUUCUUUGUACACUGAAACCAUCAGAGAAGUUCAUUCAGCUGUCGAACAUGAUUGGGAUUCUUUGAGACAAUCAGCAUGUCAAACUGCAGCAGGAAGGGCGCUAUGGAAACAUGUGAUCCAUGAUCCACUAGCAGAGUUACUUGCAGGGGAGACGUACCUGAAAAAAUUGUAUGAGAAGAUUAAGAAAGAUAUCCUCAACAAUGCUAAAGAGAUUUCUGGUGUUAUCAUUGCAGUUAGGACACUAUGGUUUGAUAAGGGAAUUGAAGCAGCUCUUACUUCUUUUGAUGGUGGAGGAGCACAAGUUGUCAUUCUUGGAGCAGGUAUGGAUACAAGGGCAUAUCGCUUGAGUUGCUUAAAAGACAGCAACAUGUUUGAGGUUGAUUUUCCAGAGGUCUUGCAGAUGAAAACCACUAUUGUAGAGGCAGCAACAGAAACAACAGAUGAACAAAAGCACCAACUGAUGAUGGCAAAAUCAUUGAACAGAGUGGCAGCUGACUUAAGAGAAAAGGACUGGCUUGAAAAGCUUCAAGAAUCAGGCUUAAAGCUAAAUAAGAAUACAGUGUGGGUAUUAGAGGGAAUUCUCUACUAUCUCUCUCACUCAAAUGCAAUGGAAGUACUGAAGAUUAUAGCAAAUAACUGUACCUCUGCUCAUACAGUACUCUUAGCAGACUUCAUGAACAAGCAAUCAACAACAAUGUCCAGCUCAAAUUUCCAUUUCUAUAGCGACUAUCCUGAUGAGUUAUUGCCAUCACUAGGAUUUUCUGAUGUUAAACUUUCUCAAAUUGGUGACCCAGAUGCACAUUUUGGGUUAUUGCAUGACCCACUAAAUUUGUUCAACAAGUUGCGCAACUUGCCCAGGUCACUUCAAACUCACCCAGAUGAUGGAACACCAUGUUGUAGGUUGUAUUUGCUUCAGGCUUCUGGAGCACCACCAAACAAGACUAUUUUGUGAAUAUUAUAGAAUGGUUCACCAAUAAAGUCUAACUUGCUGUUAGAGCUUAGAAGCA